AUGUUCAUUAGACAUCUUAAUCGCCCUGAACGAGACUGGCUCGAGGAAAAGAGAUUUGCGGAAAGUGAAUCUGUAUUAGAUGCUAAAGGAGAAAUGACGCUUAAAUGGAGAGUUGACUAUGAAGAUAAGAAGAUACAGUUUCGAGUGGAUUUUUCUGAUAAAACUCCUCAUAUUAACUGGUUUGCUCUGGGAUUUUCUGACAGAGGAAAUAUGGAGAACUCCGAUGUUUGUCUCGUUUGGACAGAUUACAAGGGCAAAGAUCAUUUUGAGGACAUGCAUGCUGAUUCAAAUGGAAGAUUAAUAAGGGACAAACAACAAGAUUGCAAACAUUUUUAUGUCAAUGCAAGGACUCGUAGCUUACAUUUUGAACGAGAUUUUGAUACCUGCGACGAUGAUGAUUAUUUUAUUGAGGACGGAACAGUUCAUAUAAUAUGGGCUCGUGGGACCGAUAAACUAUUCUCAUCCAAAGGGCUCUGCCUACCCUGCACUUCUACUCAGGAUCGCAGCUUCAUUCGCGUCCGUUUGCUGACAAUACCAGGGAUGUCAUUGACAUCGCACAUAUCAGAUGCACAGGAAUUACGUUUCACUACACACAAUUUGAAGGUUCCUAAUACAGACACAACGUAUUGGUGUAAAGUAUUUAAACUGCCCGAUUUCGUAGCGAAGACCGAACAUCACAUUGUGAAGUUUCAAUCGGUCAUAACCAAAGGUAACGAAGGAUUAGUUCAUCAUAUGGAAGUGUUUUAUUGCGACGCAAAAACUGACGCUGAAAUUCCUUUAUACGAAGGCAAUUGCUUCGCUAAGGAAAGACCAGAAACGACAAAGUUAUGUUCUAAGGUUAAAGCUGCUUGGGCCAUGGGUGCACCACCCUUCAUAUACCCGAAAGAAGCGGGAUUGCCGUUUGGAGGACCCUCUGCUAACAAAUAUGUCAUGCUUGAGGUGCAUUAUAAUAAUCCUGAAAUGUUAGAUGAUUGGGUGGAUAGUUCCGGAAUUCUUUUAUCCAUAACGGACAAUAAACGAAAGUACGACGCUGCGAUUAUGGAAUUGGGGCUCGAAUAUACUGAUAAGAUGGCCAUCCCUGGAGGACAAAAGGCUUUUCCUUUGACUGGAUACUGCAUUCCACAAUGUACUGGAGUGGGUCUCCCAUUAUCCGGUAUCAUGGUGUUUGGCAGUCAGCUCCACACUCACCUGACUGGCGUGGCGGUGUGGACGAGGCACGCUAGGGCCGGCAUCGAACUACCCCACCUCAAUAAAGACCUCCACUACUCAACCCACUUCCAAGAAAUACGAUUACUACAUCGUCCUGUGGAGAUACUGCCGGGAGAUUAUUUAGAAACAACGUGCAUAUAUAACACUGAAGACAAGAUAAACGCUACUGUCGGCGGACACGCGAUCACAGACGAGAUGUGCGUUAAUUACAUCCACUACUACCCAGCCACAGAACUAGAAGUCUGCAAGAGCGCGGUUUCCAAUAAGGCGUUGGAAGACUAUUUCAAGUUUGAAAAAAUUUGGGACAACAUGCCCAUAUCGUUUUCAUCUCCACCCAGAGCCAACUACCUCGCUAUUCAACCAUGGACUCCAUUAAGGUCUAAUGCUCUCAACGAACUGUAUACUGAGUCGCCUAUAUCUAUGCAGUGUAAUAAAUCAGAUGGAAACCGCUUUCAGGGAGAAUGGGAAGGACUUCAUGUGUCAAAAAUAAAAUUGCCAUUGCCUGAAAAUCCGAGAUCCUGUCCAAUACAGCGUAAUGUAUUUAAAAAGUAA